AUGAAGUCUACGAUGGGGGCCACCGAUGUCAUCACAAACGUCAUGACCUCCGCCACUCAGCUUCCUCAAGGUGCUUUCGGCCACGACACGCCCACGGAUGUUGAAGAGUUUGUAGAAGGCGAGUCCAACUUGGCAGAAGACCCUGAAGAAGCAGUCAGCGAAGCAUCUGUCAAGGUAUCAUCUGAUACUGAGGCAUUCAAUAAUCUAGACGCCAUGGAUGGCGGAGAUGACCCCGUAUUCACAACCUGGCUGAGAUCAUUUACAGGGAAACACGACGAUUGCGAAGAUGACUGCGAAGGCAGGCCUAAUGAUCCAGCCCGUCAACACACCGAAGGGAACUUUGAACACAGAACGCCCCACAAGGACAAAAUCGACAUGAACCGUCUUGAUGCGGCCAUCAACGCGGCCAUCGCGGCUGGGAUGAACGAUCCAAGCUUUUCGAAUGAACCUUGCGAUGUUAGCAGAUAUGGUCACCGAUUUAUUAACGCAAGCGCUUGUUUCGUCUCCGACUACUACUACGUCAUUCCAUGGGCGGCAUGUUACUCAUGGAAGGUCGUUCAGGUCCUGCUCAAAUCAUUGGCCCUAGAAGAUGGCCAAGUUCUUACCGACAUUUCCAACGGCGACAUCACUGUCUGGGCACCCGAUCACGGCUACAUCCACCCUGAGACGUGGGAACAAGUCAUCCAACACGACAUGAAGGUUCACUUCGAACCACAUUCGGCGUACAAAGCAGCCAAACACGAAUGCCGGAUACAAUACACAGUCGAUUAUUUCGAAGGAACUACUGCGUACAACACCUUCAAAGCCCGACACACGUUUGAUCAACCUGUGGAUGUUGCCCACGGAGACGAUGACGUUACACUACCCGCCCUCGAGGAGAUAAAGGAUGUUGUCACACCACAUUACCGCCAUUCGGAGAACAAAAGACAUGGCAAAGUCGACAGUAAAGCCGCGCUUGGAUCUCAAGACAGUGUUGUCUAUACCAAGCUCAAGAUAAACUCUUCGUAUCUGCUAAACUUACUGAAAUCGAUUAUCGAAUAUCCUGGAGAGUGUCGAGAAGAGUUUGGUUUAGAAGCUGGCUUGUAUCUAUACCCUUUCGAAGAUCUGUAUCAUCACUUGGAUCAAUUGCUCGGUUACAAGAUCGAUGGUUCAGGGCUUCGCGCCCAGCACUCUGCCGCUUUCAACCAAAAGUGCGACGAGCACAUCGAGCUUCUUCGAUCUUAUCUGAUGUUACAAUCAGGUGUACCGUUCGAGAAGUUCCAAUCACUUCAGGAAAGGAGAGUGCCCGUGGUUUCAUUCAAAAACUACUGGCUUCUCCUCAAGCCUGGUACAGAUGUCUACGUUAUGGAGAGCGACGGAUCCCUUAACGUAUAUGUACUGGAUGAGGUUGAAUGUAUCCCAGCUCCAACCCAUGAUACAAGAUCGAUUCGCGACUAUACCAUAGCCGUUUGGAACCUGGCUUUUGGAGGGACACAGAUCACACCUCGUCGCCGAUAUAUCGAUGUCAAGGUUUUCGACAAUGAGCGAGAGAUAACUAGUCUUUCAGUAUUUCCGGUGAAGUUUCACGACGGGAAUGACAAGGGUAGACUGAGAGAGGAGCUUGUUAGUCGAGGGAGAAGAUACUUCCACUACUCAAAGCGACCAUGCUUUCUCGAGUACACGGGCAAGGGCUUGAAGGAAGCUUCGAAGACAUACAAAAGAACGCGCGUAGUCGUUGAACACGAAACGGCACCCUGGGAACUGGAUGGUCUCAAGUCUGAUCACCAUGCGCCUGCAGAUGAUGCUGAUGUCCUCCGCAAUACCAUCCGUGUGCCGCAAUGCGAGUGCAGUGACUGCAAAACACGUACAACAGAGAUCUACGUGAAGGAGCGCUUCAACGACUACCAUGGAAUCGUACCCAGCGACACAGCCGAACUUACAGAGCAUCAUUAUCUACUCAUGGCAUCGCAUAUGUACGCUUUCAUUUUGAACGAGCGCAGCUAUGAUAUUCUGGAAGUCAAAGGACUGGCAGAGCCGAGUAUGGCCGACAAUGCAAUCGAUAAACUGGUCUUGGACGCUAAAAGCAAAGACUUGAUCAAGGCUGUCGCUGACAUAUACACCGAUGGCGAUCAGUCGAAACGAUUCACUGCAGAUUACAUACAGGGAAAAGGUGAGGGCCAGAUCAUCCUGCUGCACGGAUCUCCAGGAACAGGCAAAACGCUCACCGCAGAUCUUGGCCAUGAGCCUGCGGUGUUGGAGUCUCGGCUUCUGCGCUACUUCAAAAGAGCCCGUGAUUGGGACGCCAUCGUUUUGCUGGAUGAAGCAGACGUGUAUCUUGAACAACGCACGACCCAUGAUCUCAAGCGUAACGGCAUCGUAACAGUAUUCUUACGCGCACUCGAUUACUUCCAGGGCAUCUUGUUCCUCACCACGAACCGUGUUGGUCAUUUCGACGAAGCCUUUAUCUCACGCAUCCAUCUUUCGCUCGGUUACGAGAAGCUCACAGAUGUCGCACGCGCAAAAGUCUGGGACAACUUGUUCAAGAAAUUGAGCCACGAUUCCAAGCGUGGUGGCUUUGUUAUCAAGUACGAGUAUGAUGCUAAGAGUUACGUCAAGAGUAAAGAGGUCCAGGCAUUGGAGUGGAAUGGACGAGAGAUCAGGAAUGCUUUCCAGACGGCUGUCGCGCUCGCUGUUCAUAGAGCAAAGAAUGACAAGAGCGAGGACCCGCCUGAGAUGGUGGAAGAUGAUCUCAAACAAGUUGUAACGAUGUCGUCGGCUUUCAGAAAGUACAUGACAGCAGCACACAGUGGCAUGGAUGACUCGACGUGGGCGUUCAAACAUGGCAAUCGCGAAGACAAAUUUCCGAGCACACCAGCCAAGACGGAUGCUUGA